CGUGUUUGAAGUAAAAGUUCAGGCUUGAUGCGAUGAAUGCGAUCGUGUCAUACUGUCUGAAAUGGGAGAAUUUCCUUGCUUAUGGAACCGUUUCUUGUGGUAACGUUAUUACCAGCGUACAAAGGGAAUAAUUCUGUUGGCUGUGCUGCUUAUUUUGGAAUCGAAAACAUUGUUAUACCUGCCGUAGAACGGCUUUUAGACCAAGAAGCGGGAAGGACAGCGGUUGUGGCGCAUUCAAGAAUUUUUCUGGCUUUUACUGUGGAAGUUUGAGUAAAUUGUCAAGGAACAGGUCAAUUUGUUUGUGCACGGACGUCCCUUUGUGUGUUUUUGCGACGAGCCGUAUGCGGCGAUUCACCUUUCAUGCAGUUUUGCUUUUAUUUAUGAUGGACUGAGGUAAUCGAUUCAUUGACAAUGGCCGUGGUCCAGUGGUCGCGUAAAUUCUGGCGAAAACUUUGAGGAAUUUUGCUCAGAACGAUUUUUAAAUCUUAUUGAAUUUGAAUUGCCUUUACUUUGGAACUAGUAUUGGAUUAUUUUUUGUGCGAGAAAUUUAGAAAAGCAGAGAUUUGUUGGCCUGUUUUGGAUCCGUUGUAUGGAUCGGCGAGAUUCAGUGAUUGGUUCACUGGCGUAAGAGUCGAAAUUUAAAACUCCCUCCUUUUUACUGGCACACAACUUUGUGCUUCAUUACAAGGGGUGAUUGAACCAGGAACACCAUGUUUCAACCCUCGCAUUUUCAAAAAAUGGCCCAACAUUUGGGUGUAGACUCUCUAACCUACGAGAAAGAGUACAAUGCAUUCAUGACAAAGUUGAAGAACUUCCACGAGUCCAAAGGGUGAGCUGAGUGAAUGUUUGGAGGUUUUCUUGCCACGGAUAUUUUGUGUGUUAUUUCCGCAAUACUUAAAGAUAAUUUUAUCCUAUACUUUGUCGCCUAGGACGCCGUUUAGACGUUUGCCGUGGUUAGGAGGGCAAUAUUUGGACUUGUAUCUUCUGUACCGUAAAGUUACAUUGGCCGGUGGUUGGGUGAAGGUAGGUGGCUAGAUUCCCGCGUUUUGUUCAAAUUUUAUAAUGGUCUUCGUCGAUUCUUUCGUCUUACGAACCACUGAGAUGUGACUUGAACGGUAUCUGUCCAUAUCCUAGGUCACAGAAGGGAAAACUUGGCGAGACAUCGCCGAAGUUUUUAAUUUACCGCCGACCUGUACAAAUGCUGCUUUCGCUUUACGGCAACAUUAUUCUCGGUAAGUGAAACACAAGCCUUCCAUUCACGUCCAAAGUUGUGUACAUUUAGGACUCUAACCUUUCAAUUAACUGACGUUUAAAGAAAAUUUAGGGGAUACGUUACGUCUGUACCUCUUGAAUGGUGCAUUUUGGCGAACAAAAGUCACAUUACCUCGAGCAAGGAUCUCUCUAACGAUUCUUGUAUAGUCACGUUACAACGAGUGUGCUGGUGAUAAGAUUAUACACUUGGAAACUUCCGUUAGCCACAUAAAAUCUGUUAUUUGCCUUCACAUUUUCUCCAUCGUAAUGUAAGGUACAUUUCAUUUGUUUGCCAGCACUGGAAUUUUUGAAGAGUCUGUGAAAGUUUGGGAAACAAAGUUAGGUCUUUAUGCCCGGGGAUGCCUUGAUAAUAACAGUUUCUUUUAGCAGUGUGUUUCCUAAAAUUCUCGUAAGCUUAAUCUUUUACAUAAUUUCAUGAUUGAUUUGUUUUCACGGGGUUAUUUCCGGUAUUCUUGACUCUAGCGAUGAUAUUCCUUCAAAAUAAUACGUAUCCUUGUUGAAAGAUAUCGGAUAAAGAAAGAAAAAACCACUGACAAUGGACUACAACUUCUUUGUGUGUGACUAUGUGCAUUGUUAUCGAAUAUUUUUUAACGACCUGAAAACUUCACGACUUCUUGUCGUUCGUGGGUUUAGCUUUACCCUAAAAAAGAAAUAAUUCCCUUGAGCCAUGCAGGAAGCAAGCGUUAAAAUGGUUUUAUGGCAUUAAAUCUUAUUAUGCAAAUGAAAACGUGCUACAUAAAACAAUAUAAUUAUUGUCCAUCAGUUUGGCUUUAGUCGAACAUCGAGGCUUUCGUACGUUUGUACGAAACACGGACGAGAUGAAGUUUUUUGAGAGAAUUAUUCCGAGAUUAAGUAAGAUAUCUCUUACUCAAACGCAUUUGUUUAGCCUCUUAUUUUAGUAGAUACAAUAAGCUUGACAAAACUCAGUCAAGAAUUUAGAUAGAGAAAGAGGAGACUUCUGUUACCAUGUAAAGGAAAAUACCCAGUUUAAAAGCUUACAUGAUUUUGAACGUUCUUAUUCCAAAACCUUCCUCACUUCCACAUUUCUACUGAGAAAAUAGAAAGAAAAAUGACAAUGAUUAAGAAAUGCAUCUCGGUUUUAAUGAUUGUUACUAAUUCUAAAAAUCAAUGUUUACAUUUGAUGUCAUACCCCUGGUUGCUGGUAAAAUUAAAGCUUGUUUUGUCAUAUCAGUGAAGAAGUUCUUGAACUUCCUUAAAUACAAGUUGUAAUUUCUUUUAUAUUUCUGCACAUUAAUUUGUUACAUUUCAUCCUUUUAAAAAAAAGAAAAAUGUGGCAGCAAAAGAAGUUCUUGAGAUGGAACAGAACAGUGUUUCAAAGCUGCUUAUUUUCUUCUUGAAUGAUUAUUAAAUGGCAACAAAAUUAUUCUUGCAUGUUCAAGGAAAAAAAUUCAGGGUUAAGUCUACAACAGGUGCAAUGAAUGACAAAUAGUGACUAACAGUUUAUUAAGUAGCCAAAUGACUUUUGUUAUAUGACAAGCCUGGGUAUUUCAGAGUAUGUAUUUGGUCAGUUUAACUCUAGUGAUUAGAAAAAGAGCAUUUUACCUGUGUUUUUUUUUGUCAGUACUAAAUGAAGUAGGGUUGUGGUAGGGGCAUUUUUGCUGUUUUUUGAUCAUAGUUUACUGGAAAAUGAAAAAUCAUUCUGUGAAUUGUAACUCGAGUGCUCUUUGUAAAAUGAUAAAUGCUUAGAUCUUUGAUUGUGAAUUGUGAAUACACUGAUAUUGAAGAAAUUAAAGCGGGCCUCUGUGGCUUGAUUUAACUCAGUGUAGCUUUUUGUUCAGUAGGUAGCCAUACAACUCAAAAUUUGAGUUGAGAAAAUGUUUUUCUAGUUCCGCCACCUAUGAAGUGAAGUGCUCAAAGCACUUUAGAAAUUGUUACCGUAACUAUUUGUUUGACUUUUGUUUUUGAGAAUCAAGUGUCAUGGCUUGGGAAAUGUAAAAUAUUUUGCAUUUCAUGAGUAAUGAAACAGAAUUCUGGGAAAUAGAAGUCAUACAUCAUAGAGACCAUUAAAAAAAGUUAUGAAAAUUACUGGUCUUGUCCUGAUGGUUUUUGACCUCUUGCUGAAGUGAGUGAUCUUAUAUACCUUAUUCUCACCUAAUUUCGCAAGUAUUAAAUUUCGCGAAAAAUCAUGAGCCAUAUUUCGUGAUUAUUUAAUUUCAUGAUUUUUAGGGAUUUAUAGGGAUUUUUAGUGAAUUUUUAGAGAUUUUUAGAUAUCGCAAGUAUUAAAUUUCAUGAUUUUUCCCAAAUUGCGAAAUUGAAAACUCUUGAAAUUAAGUGAGAUCAAGGUAUAUGUGAAAUACUAAUAGUACAGUAGAACUGUGGUAACUCGAACUCUGAAGAGAAACGAAAAGCUGUUCAAGGUGGUGGGGAAUUCAAGUUAUUGGGGUAAAUUUCAGUGAAAUUUUGAUCAAGGGAAAGGAAAUUGAGUUCAAGUUAGCGGUGAAUUCGAGUUAUCCAAGUUUGAGUUAUUGAGGUUCUUUUGUAUUGAGGUUUUAUUAUAUUACCUUACUUUUUUGCAAGUGAAGAGAAAACUAAUUGAAAAGGAAGGAUCAUAUCAUUGAGUAAGUCUGCUUUCAUUUCACUCUUUCAGUUACUUGGAAAGCUUCGAGAGAAUCAACUUCUUUGGGGAAGAUGCAGAAGAUGUUCUUUCUGCUGGAAGACCCCACACUCCAGUUGGAGGAGGCUCAUUUUCAACUCAUAUACCCACGGUGGCAGCUGCAGGUACCCCACUAAUAUUCUAAAUUGCAUUCCAGUAUUUAUUUGUUGUUGGGUAAGCUCCCAUAAGAGGCCUUCAAACCCUUUAGUGGCUGCAUGCAAGAACUGUUCUCGUAAGCGUCCACACCCUGAGGGUGUCCACUUACGAGAGCUUCCACUGUGUUUAUAUGUAAGGCUUCGUGAAUAACGUAGCCAUACUGAUAAAAAGUAUUAUGUUGUGGGAUAUUUAAAUAUUAUUUUAUUAAUAUCAUUGAUGGGUAUACCUUUUCUCACCUUUUGCUUUUUUUUUCCAGACUAUGUUUCUGUCAUUUCUACAAGUAAAGGUAUUGUUUUCAAGUGCUUGUUUUGCAUUGCUAUGUGUGACUGGUUGAAGUUGUUUUGAUACAGAAGCCCAUUACUUCAAAAUUUUAUUUUAAUGUACCAUCAAUGGAAUUUUGAUUGCAGAUCCAUCAAGGAACUUUGAUAAACUUGUUCUCUCUCUUCAAUGUGGCAUGCCUAAUGAAGUGGAUUUUGCUAUUAACAUUUGUAUGCUGUUGUCAAAUGUUAGCAACUCAGUUUUUAACCUGAGCAAGGUAUGAUAAGAAUGAAUUUACCUCCUCUUGAAAUCCUUCUAUGAAUCAAUAGUUAAUCAGGAAAGGACCUACAAAAACCGACAAUUAUGUGCAGGCCCAUAAAACUUGGAUAUGUUGUAUAUGUUACAGGUUUGAAAUUUGACUUCUGGUUAAAAGGUUUUAACCUAGGUUGAUUAUCAGAUUAAAUCAAAAUUAACCUGAAAUCAAAUUUGACCUGUAACAUGUAUUUUUGAGUCUUCUGUAACAUUUCAUUUUCUUGUCUUCUUUUGUUGAGCGGUUUCAAAUAUAAUUUUUAAUUGUGUGACAGUAAAAAUACUCUACAACAUAGAAGACAAUUUUAUCACCAAAAGACUAUACUUAGUUUCAUUUUUUGAUGCUUUUGAUGCUAACACUUUUCAUUAUGUGACUUGAUUUAUUUCAUUUAGGCUCCAGCAGUAAUAGAUACAUUGUUGGCACACACUGGGAUAUUUUCAGAAGGUAUGCAGAAGUUCAUGCAAAAAGAAACGGGAGAAGUAGUUUAACUAGAAAUAUAUUUUCGUUGUCAGAAAAGUCUUGCAAAGAUGCAAUAUCUGAAAAGAGGCAAUAAUGUUUCAAAACUUCCAGAGGAUUAUUGUGCUAUCCUGACUUCACUGAGAACAAAAUUGUUAAUAACCCCAGCCUGUCUUUAUUUUCACCCUACAAGGUUGCAGUAGUUUAGUAUCUUAUGUAAAGCGUAUUUCUUUGCCGUUUUCCAAGCUUUUGUUUGGUCACUUAUUUUCACUGUCAUCUUAAAAGAAAUUGUGUUAAUAUUUCUUUAGAUUCCCAUGGAUUAAAAGAACUGUAUGAAGAUUGGUACUUAAAGCAGCACAUGGAAAGAGAUUUUGUGAAGGUAAUGUAUGAAAUGCAGGUUUCCAGCUCUAUAGUGAACAAAAAUGAUUAUCAUGUAGCGUUGAAUGUUAUUUCCUUGUUAAACCUGGUUGGGUAAUAUGGACUUAAAACUUGUUUUCGACAGUUUUGGAAAGAUAACUUAAAAGUUGAAGGAGUUCGGGAGAUCCUCUGCAGCAAAAAUGGUUUGUACAAGUUUUAAUAAUUCCUAUUUAGAUUAGUUGUAUUAGAUUCUUUGACAUAAUGGGUAGAGUUAUGGGAUGAUUUUUAGGCUUCCCUUUGCUUCUCUCCUGUCACUUUUGUAAAUAGUGCUAAUUUAUGUUCAAAUGUUUUUGUCUGUUUAAAUAUAACUAGAUUUUAGUUUUUAGUUUAUUUAGUGAUCAGUUAAUUGCAAACGACCCCACAAGCUCAUGUAUCUUUAAUACUUAUCAUUUUAAAAUAAAGGCAAUCUAUCCAUCUAUCUAUCUCCCAAGACAAGAGCUGUCUAGACUGCAAAACAGUCGGUUUUUUUUCAAAAUCAGUAAAGAAAUCGGUAAAGCGUGGAGUAAGAGUCUUACGCGCGCGAAGCGCGCGAGCCUCACACGCCCGUAGGGCGUGUGAGGCGAGAGAAAAAAAAACCGACUGUCCGUUUUCCAUACAAUAAGAUCGUUCCGACCAGGGGGUUAAAAAAUGUCGUCGAGCUGUCAAAAAUCUGUUCGCAACUCCGCCCUCUUUGUGAAUUUGAUAGACUCGCGUGUUAUUAUUGACGCUGUAAUCCAGUAAUUCUAAAGCAGUUUUUAGCGUUGCUUCCCUGUGAAAUGUGGUGUAUAUAGUGAAAUGUAGUAUAUAUAGUGGAGGAUCAAAAAUGAGUGAAAGUGGCAGUACGACGACAAAGCCAGUGCCUGCUCCUCGCAGAGGGAGAAGGCCGAAAGAGCCGAGGGCUUUGGACAAAUUGUAGAAUGUGUGGCUGUUGUUUCAAAACACAGUUCGGCAAUUUUACGAAUGGAUGGAUAAGCUCGGAAAAUGCGUUUGUUGCGCCUACCAGAAAAGGAGAAACGUUAAAGUGGGCCGACCUACUGAAAAACGAGCUUUUCGUUGUCCUCGAGGAAGGAGAAUCUUUCUCCACAAGAGCAGUCUGCUCUCCGUGUGGAACAACGGUUAGAAAUUGCCCCGGGAAACUGCACGGCGAUGCUUUCGCAAAUGAAAAGAACUGAACACGCCAACUGACAAUGAACAAUUAUUGCGAUUGAAAAGAAUGAGUAAAUCCCCUCAUUCCAAACCACGUCUUGGUGAUUUAGCUCUGUAAAUUACUAUCUGUGAGAAUUUAAAAACCUGCCAAAAACGCUAACGAGCUGGGCCCAGCGUGACAAAACAUUGCAGGAAAAAGUCACAUUCACGGACACAAAGAAAAUCGCUUAAAAUUAUUCAAAUCCAGGAGGCACUUUGGAGAAAUAAAACAACCUAAAACCCUUAAUCAGCCGCAAUGAAGAGCUUUACAUUUCUAAAGGGGCCAAGAAAGAAAAUGGUCUUGCGUCAGAGGGCAAAUCAUGCCUACCAGAGAAAAUCAAUAUGCGUGUCACGACCUCUCAGUAUGAAAUAUUUAAUAAGAGGCCAAAAUUCACAUUUGCUCAGUCAAAACGUUUUCCUCCAAAGCAUAAUCUACUCGACAGAGAAAACAAUUCAUUGGAACAAGCGGCAUGUUUGCAUGAGGUAAAAGUCGUGUGUUUCCUACCGAUCCCGCUUUUUUAGCCAGGCGAGAUAACAAUGAUGGUCGGCCGUUGCACGGAACUUGAAGAACUCUUUGCAUGAACAAACAUCCGAUAAAUAAGGCUUUUGUCAAAUCCUGGUGGUAGAAACAGAAAACAUCCUUUCCCCUGAGCAGCAACUCCAAAGCUUCCCUCUACUCCGAUUUUAAAACAAAUCCCAAUUCUUGCGAGCAAAUCCAGGCGAUCAACAUCUGUCAUUUUACAGCGAAAGCUUUAGCAAUUCGUCACGGUAUGGAACAACGUGAAUGACUUGUUGAAAACAUUACUUGACAGCUUGGUGACAGCUUGCAUCGAAAUUUAGCCAAUGGGAAUUGCCCGUGGCUGGGAGAAGCGGGUAAUUCGAACGAAUAUAACGUAUGCAAAACGGACAGUCCGUAUUUUUAGCGUCUCUCCCCAGUCUCGCUCUCUGUUUUCAGCCUCAUUCCAGACCUUUUGUUUGACUGCUCGCGCGUACUUGAAUACGCAAAAAUACGGACUGUUUUGCAGUCUAAGAGCUGUCAAAAUAGACCAAUAAUAUGGUAUACUAGAAUCUGGUAUUCGAGAACAAGCUUUUGCUAAAAAGUACAACAGGUGUUCCCUUGCUCUAACCUCCUGCCCCACCCCCUCGCCAUUUUCUUCCGCUUACAUCUCUUUGCACCAUCCCCAUGAUCUGAACGCCUGGAACAGGCUAGAAAACGAGCCUUCUAGAGACACAUUGGAUAGUUAAUGCUACUGUUUUUCACACUCAGCUCUGUAUUUUUUUGUACUUUGGAACAUUAUUGGGUUUCAUUUGAUGUGUAAACUCUAGCUUACAAUAUUGCUUUUUCAAGUACCAGUUUUUACACAUCUAAGUUCAAAUUUUGGUCUCAUGGUUCUUAGCAGAUGAGGGACCAAAUGCUACUGAUGUAGAGGCACUUUUCCAUCCUGUAAGAAGAAAAGUUGGAGCAAAAGACGUUGAAUGUCAGAGGAUUUCCCAGGUUAUUACACAAAACAAUUUAGAAUUUUAAAUGCAAGUUCAGCCCUUGUUGUGAAUUGUCUUCAGUGAACCAGAUGUUUGAAAUUUUCCAGUACGUCCUUGUUAUGUGGCGAGUGAUCUUGAAUUUUAUUGCACUUUUGUUCUCAUUUUUUUGCAAUGUUAAAAAUAAUACUGUCAAAAUUGAGCCUCCUUUUUUCUCCAAAAUUAUGUAUGCAGAAAAAGUAGUAAGAAUAAGGUUCUGUCCAGUCUCAUUUUCAUAUUAGAACAGAAUAAUAUUAUUUGCCAAUGUGGGCUGCAUCUUAAUAGUUCUUGUUUCUCCACUCUAGCCCAUCUGUUUCAUUUCAUGUUAUAGGUGUAAACAGUGGAGAUAGAAAAACAGUGGUGUUAUUUUGAGUGCUUGACAUAUUAUGAUAACACUCCUCUCUGCGCCAUCACACUGUCUUUGUCAGUUGUUUUACCAUUAGGCCCAGUUUAAAUGUCGAUCUUUCAUGUACUGAACUUAAUGCCUAUUUAGGUCGACCCAAAUGAUAUAAGUUCGACAGUUGAUUCAGAUGUCGAACUUAAUUAGUCGGACUCAAUUCAUUUUUACGAAUUAUGUUCAAUGGUCUGAAAUGCUUGCAAGUGAAAAUAAAUUUUAGUUAUUUAUUCCUUUUGUUUGGCACAUGAGAAGUUCGAUGUUUAAAGCAAAGUCACUCCACAGUCGAAAUUCCCAUGUGGGCCACUCGAUCAUAAUUCAUGAGUCAACCCAAAUUAGAUAUGUUGAACUUAAUUGAUUCAAAUGUCGAUCUUUUCAUGUACUUAAUUGAAGGGAUUAAGUUCGGUACAUGAAAAGAUUGAUGUUUGAACUGAGCCUUAUUGUAAGUAAGCAAUGGUGUCAGGCCUUGUCAUCAAUUUUUCCACUUCCUUUUGUAGGUUGGAAUGAUCCUCUAUAACUUCUCAUUUGAUGACACAAAUGCUAGUGUCCUUGCAAGUCAUCCUUUGUGUUUGAGGUAAGACUGUUGUAAUAAAAUUGUUACUUUCUGAAUUGGGAUAUGGAAGAGAAUCCCUCCUUUUUUUAGAACUCUCAGAGCACGUUUUGCUUGCUAUUCACACUUACUCAUAUGUCUCUCAUCAUUUCCACAAAGACAGUGUGCUUGUGAAAAUAUUGACUGAAAUAUUGUUUCAAUAUUAUGAAUUUCAUUUGAAAUUAUUAUCUUUUGGUCAUUAAAAGUGCCUAGGUGUUUUUAAAAUUGACAACUGUCUUGUAAUCCACCUUUUCGUGAACAUAACCGACAGCAACGAUCCUCAGCCCAUUUGCAUUGAAAAGAAACGUAAGAUUAACUGUGCAAAUUUCCUAUUAGUCCAGUCUCUUUGUUUGGGAGAGUUUUGUUGUACCCUGUCUGAGAAAACUUGGCCAAAGUGGAAUUUCUAGCAUACGAAACAAAAAAGGGCUUAAGAAUUCCUUCGGAAGAAAGGAAACAAUCACAGAAAAUUCACAUUUCAUUGUAAGCAGCUUUAUGCAACUUGCCCCAGGUGCUGGGGUUGUUGCCUGCAGAUCUUUGUCUUGUUGUAACCUAUACUAAUGCGAUAUCACAUUUUCAAGAAGUUCAAAAUGUUAGCCCUUGGUUAAAACAUCUUUCGAUUACGUGGAUAAUUGUCAGCAUGAUGCUUUAGGUAGAUAAUCAGUGAUGAGGGGGUUCACUCCCUAUGGUUUUCUUGUGGAAAGUAUUGAGUGACUUUUUGUUGCCUUUUUGCAGAUUUCUUAUACAGUGUAUCUGUAGUGAACAUGGAUUUCUUCAAAGAAUGGCCUGGGAGACUCUGUCAAACUUGGCAGAAAAGGUAAAUCUACAAGGUUAACAUUCUGUUUUUUUUGAAAGGAUAGUGUUGUUUAUGCAUGAUUUUCUUUUCAUACAAACAGAUGUUAUUGGAGCCCAUAGAAUCAUCCAAUACCCAGAUGUUCUUUCAGAUGCUUCAUUUCUUUUUGGAUCACAAAGAUCGAUACCAUGUCACAAAUGGUAAGUUUUUUAAGAAAGAGUGUAUAAUUUUUUCUUAAAUGAAUUCCAAGUUGUUCAUGUAAAAUUUGCCCCCUUCCUAUAAGAAUUUUUGAAAAGAUUUUGUGGUUGAGCAAAACCACACUCGUCCAAAGGGUGACUUUUGAAAGUUAUCUUAGACCUGGUUCAGACACCGUACUUUUCAUGUGCCGAACCUAAUUGAAUAAGUUCGACUUUGGAGGGACGAUGGCGCGACAUCUGAUUCAGACGACGCACCGUGUGUCGAGCCUAAGUUAAGUUUGACAAAAGUUCGACACACUCUGUCGAACUUAACGCUUUUGCCGCACCAAACUAAAACUGCCGUACCAAAUUGAUUCAGACGCCGCUCUUUUGCCGUACUUAAUUCAUCAGUUAGGUUCGGCACAUGUGUGGAGCGGCAUCUGAACCGGGCCUUAAUCAUCCGUACAAGAUUGUAAUCUGGGACGACCAGACGACUGGGAAUAUUUUACCCUGCUUUACCUUUAACAAAAGUAACGGCUGUUAAUAGUGCAAAACAGUAAAUCUGAAUCUGAAUCUAAAUCUCAUUGUUGUUGCUAGCCAUGGAUGUCUUGGGCAAGUUGUGCACCCUUGAGGGAAAUGAUGAGGUCAUAGAAGGUGGCCUUGAAUCUGAAGCAUAUCAGUCCCUCAUCAAAGUUCUGAUUGUCAGUGAUGUUCAGGUAAUGUACGAAACUUAAAAAAUUUCAUUGGGCUGGUUACUAAAAAAGUGUUUAACAAAAUGGUGUUCUAAGCCAUUGUUUGUUUGUUGUUGAAGUCCAGUUCAGUCCUGGCUAGAAAGCCAUUAACCUACUUAGAAUACCCCACUUGUGAUAAACAAAAUGGGGGGCCACUUAUUUUCUUACUUUAAGCUAGAACUUUGUUGAAAAAUACCAACCUGUUUUGUUCAAUGUCCAGUUUGGGUAACUUUCAAAAUACGGUUGAGUCUGUCUAAUUGGAGCUAUUGAGGUGGGAAGUGAGGGUUUGUUUUGAAGAGAGUCAAAGAUAAUAGGACUACAAAAAGAUGGACUGGAAAAAAUAAGUUUGUUUUAUAAGCUAAUAGAAGAAGGUGUAUGGCGGUUGUUGUUCACUGGGUUUUCCUUGCUUCUUUAAUUUUUUGUAUUCCACAUGCAAGUAUCCGGAAGUUUAUUUAUUUAUUUAUUUGUAUAUUUAGUUAUUAAGAGUUACUUGUUCAUUUGUAGAAAUUCUUCUUUGCUACAGCACCUAAACAGCAAUAAACAACAGCUGUGUAAAUUUGCAUAGUAGAAAUUAUUCUUGAAAUUCCAUGUCUGUUUCAGUUGGUGUUAUCUUCGCUGGAAUCAUUGUACAAUCUCUCGGGAGUUGGCCAGGUGACCUCAGAUCACAUUGCUGAGGUUCAUCACAGUAUAGGUAGGUGAAUGGUUUGAUGCAUUUGUAUGUUCACUGUAGAUAAACUGUUUUAAUCCUUGCUUGCUUUUUCCCUUUAGUGUUAUCCUUAUAUUACUAUGGGCUCUUCUUGUAUGUGCACGUCAGUGUGGUCUUGUUUCUCCAGUUCCAGUUAUUUUAAGGACUGUGUAGCAUUGGUUUCUGGUAAAGCUUUUAUCCAUUGGAUAAUACAAUAUUUAUUCUUGUUCUACUUAUGCUUAUCUGCUAAGUAGUGAUUUAUCAAGUGGAUAGCAUUGUCACCCUCGGCACAAGUCAGGUGUAGAAUUUAAGCAAUCAAGAUCAUUCUGAUUGAAUACCUUUAGAGCCUUUUAACUUCAAACAAUGUUCAUCAUCAUCAUCAUCAUCUGUAUAAUAGUCUUACUGAUCAUCAUCAUCAUCAUUAUUUUGUUUUGCCUUGUUUUAAUGAUUCUUAACAAAGGGCUUUUUACUGUGUGCAGAUGUUUUGGUGUGUUUGGUGACUAUGGAUGCAGAAUGCUUUGGUCCAGAAGCCUUAUCAGAGGUGCAAAUCUUGGAAAAAAGAGUGCCUGCUGCUGUUCAACCAGCCAUGCAAGCUGCCAUGCCAUCCCCAGCAACACCCAAACCACAGUCAUCUCCAAUGCCAGGUUUUUACUUUAAUUUUUCUUUAGUAUUGCUGUACUUUAAAAAGUUAUAUCCAGGCUAGAAAUAACCAAAGGUUAAUGAGUGUAGGAGGUAUGUUUAGAAUGAGGAGGAUAGGUUUAGUAGGGAGAUUUUUGAAAGAGACAUCAUAAGCCUAGAUGACAAAGCUCACUGAGGAUCAAUUGUGCCUUUUUCAUAAAUGUGUGAAUAAAUUACCCUUUUUAGCGAAACUCCAUGUGAUUUAAACUUUGCCUAGCAUAACACACAUUUUGUACAUUCUUAUAAUUUUUGCUGGAAGUCCACAAAAUGUGAAAAUGCUCUGUGUCUUAGCAGCUCAUGCAUGCCCGUUUUUGACCAAGCUAAUGAUUAUGAUUACAGGCUUCAGUUAGUUGCCACCCAAAGCUGUAAGCAUUAGAAAUAUAAAUUAUGUAAUCUGAACAGUUGGUGCAGGGCAUGUUAUUAAAGGGAUGUUCAAUAUUGCAUUACAAACCAGAAUUUCCAAACCAGCUGAUUCACUGGUUGGGAUAAUCAUACUUUUGAAUACGUCUUAAUCCAGAGUAUCUUUUGUUGUUGCUUAGUUGUUCCACAGCAACCUAAGGAACCAGUCGUUCAGCACCAAGCACCACCAUCUAGCCCUUCACCUGGUCCAAUACGCAGCCCAUCGCCCAGCCCGGUGCCAAUCAAAACAACUGGAACUGAGAUAGAACCAGAGACAUUCACAUAUAACUGGUGAGUCUAAACGUCUGAACACAAGAUGCAAUGUAUUAGUACCAUCCAUGUGUCCGUGCUGUUCCUGCAUGUGCAUGUAGGAGAUAAUACCUUCCCUUCUGCUUUUAGACAGUAUUCUUAGUUCUGGUAACUUUUUAUUUUUUACAAUUCCAUUACUGUAUUACAGGUUACAAGGAACUUAUGAGUCUUGUCCGGGCAGUUCUGUGUCCCGCAUUGACAUCUAUGCUGACUACCUAUCAUCUUGUAGCAAGUUGGCCAGAAUAGGAAUUCUAAAUGCAACUGCAUUUAAUAGAAUUAUCAAGUAAGUGUAAUCUUCUGUGACUUAAGAUAGUAAUAUUAUUAUAACACUAUUCGCAUUUUGAUCACCAGGAGAGUUUAGGUGAGUUUGCCCCUUAGUGGUAAUAAGAGAUUAACAAAGCCUUUGUUCGGGGUAGUCAGAAAGUUUUGAAGUAGAUGGCUGAGUUGUCAAAGUAAGUGGCCAGUCCAGGGAUAUUUUAUUUAAAAAACACCAUCUGUAAAGAAAUUUCAAGCAGCGUAGCUGGCCAGUACUAGCCAAGUAGGCGGCGAUUUUCACUGGCAGCCUGCUACUUUUGACAACCCUGCUUUCUUACCACCCAGGUAAAAUAUCCAUUAUUAACCUCUUUCAAAAGAAAGGGUGCCUUAAUAUAGGGAAGAUUGGGGUGGAUAUAAAAGCUUUUUACAAGGAUCUGUAUGGAAAACCGUUGAUCCAUGACUGGGUAGGAAGAGUGGUAGCUUGUGUACAGCUGCCCCCUCCAAGAGUGGUUCUUCCCAUACAAAUCCGCUUAAUUUUCGGCGGUCAAAGGACUCACCUCUUUUGAGAUGUAAGCCUGAACAUUUUGUACUUCAGCUAUUUUUUCAAAAAAAGAAUCAUUUUUGUGUUAUGUCAUUAAAUGUAAAUUAUUUAGGCAAAGUUAUUUUCGAACCAAUGCUGGUUAGCAGUUUUCCGUACUAUGCUGGGGGCAGCAUGAUAGCUUCUAGCAGGGCACCUAGUGACUUGUAUACACAGUUGUUUGCUUGCGGUUCUUCGCAAGGUGUCUUUGCUAUAGCCUUGUUGCUUGCUUGCCAUUUGUGUGCUGUGUUUUUCCCAACCCUCCCCCUUUUUUUCAGGGCAAGGUAAGUAUUGGUUUGUGAGUAUUCCCACUGAACAGUUCAGUGUGACAGUACCUAGUGCGGGCCGCUUGUAGGGUUACCAUGGAUACCUCCUUUCUCGUGCUCAAGCAUUGGCUGGCUCCAUCAACCUUGUGGGCACCAGCGCCCAAUCUCAUCUAUUGGUGAUGAGUUUAAUAGAGAAAAAUGAUCAUGUGAGAAAGUUUAUCAUGUGACCAGCUGUUGCAAAAGGCCAACUAAAUAUAAUGAAGGCUACUGGUAACAAGUCACAGUAGCAGUGUCACAAAAACAAUCAAUGAUACCUGUAUACAGGUGCUACCUGUACCUAGAUACAGUUACGCUGGAUACCAGAAGUCUUCUUGCUCACCAGCAGUGAGAAGCAUAAAUAUGCUGAGUGCAGGUCUUUCUUGGUGCUUUGCAGCUCACUUUUACGGCUUCGCCCUCAAUUCCAUCACCCCCAAAGAGAAAAAACCUAAGCAUGAAUGGUAAGAUACAGUUGGCUUUGGGUAAAGAACUCAGUUUUCCUUUUGCAAUUGCAGAUUGGCUUUCCCUGAUGGCCAGCUUCGAAGAGUGCAGUCAGGGGAUAAUGCGCAAUAUGUUCUAGCUGGGAUAAAAAGAAGAGCUAACCCUCUCCCGGUCGAAACCCGUACUGACUCACCGGCUACAGCUAGACAACCUAGUACUGCAAGUCCCCAUUCAGCAGGACACAGAGUAUCCCCAGGACAACAAAGUAUCUCUAGAACCCCUACCCUACCUGUUCAGAGUCAAUUGCAGCCUGCAUGGAAUCCUCGGCAGCAAAAUGCAGUUGCUGCACAGCCAACACCCGUGCAGUCCAUGACAAGAACAGUUGAGCAGCGAUCUUCACAGUUUGCAGGAGGAAGUCAGCAGCAGCAGCAUCAACCUGGAAUGGUUCGAGUGCCUAGAAGACCAAGCUUUUCCAACCAAGGAAACAUGCCAACAACUCCUGAUCAGGUAUUUUUUUUUAACCCUGUAACUCUUAAGUCCCAAGCACGGGUUUAGCUACCUGCACGCUAGUUUGGAACACACAUGUGUGCUAAAAAAUAUUUUGAAGAUGAAUAAAGGUUUCCCAAAUUUUUCAGUGAAGUUUUGCUUUUCACAGUGGUUUAGGGAAUUUUUUUCUACAAUAGUAUAUAAUCAUCUCCUUAAUUUCUUUUCGUUUUUUCAAUGCAUUUAUCCUUUUGUGUAAUCUCUUUAUGUUGGUUUGCUUUUUUCACUUAUUAGGGUAUUAGACAGUAUCCAGCAGCAACCAUCCAGCAACAAGUGUCCCAAACAGCUACUGACAGUAGGCAGAUGAUGGUAGGGCAGAUGCAGAGGACCAUUGUUGCAACAGGCAAUGAACAACCUCUUGAAAGAAUCACAGCCAUGCGUAGGGCAAGUGUGGAGGGAGUGAAUCCACUGCCAGGCCAGAGUACACAAUCUAUCCAAUAUCAGAGUCAAGGGCAGGCAGUACAAAGAACUUCCUUACCUUCUCCAAGUCCAGGUCCACUCAGAGACGAAAAACAACAAACCACUUAUCCUGCUCAGGGCAUUCAGCCACAGACUGUGCCAAUGUUGCCGGGUCAAAGGAUGGCAGUGCCUGGUGCACAAUUGAUGGCAAAGCAAUCUCAGGGUGGGACUGUUGGUAUGACUGGAAAUAGCCGUCCCCCACAGAACCCUUUGUCUAGGUCUCCACUUGUACCUCCUAGGCCUAUACAACCCUCUACCGCUCAACCAGCUCAGACAACACCUCCAACAAGUUCAGUGCGAAGGCCGUCUUUAGCUGCAGAACCACCAGCAGGUUACCAGCAGUCACCACCUCCCUAUCCUCAGCAGCAUAACCUAAGACCUGCUCCGCCAGCAUACAACAGCCGACCUACAUACUACGGGAACUAUCCACCUCUAGCCCCAAAGCCUGCCCCAGAAAUGACUGUGCAGCUUUCACAGCAGUACCAAGCUAGAAAACAAAUUCCCCCCAAUACCGUUGCUAUUGGAAGACAUGCCAGGUCAGUUCCUAGCUCUCCACUCCAGCAGUCCGAUGCUGGGAGGCAGAACUUCCAGCCACAAGUACCACCCCUCAACAUAGCUCGGUCUCCACUUGUCCCUCCCAACUUGGCAAGUGGGCAGCCGUUUUCUCGUUCUCAGCAGGAUGUACAUGGUGGAUUGACUCAGACUGCAGUUGGGCAGGACAGUAGACAAUCAACCAGGUUAAAGUUCUUUUCUGUUUGUGAAACUCUUCGUUGUUGCAAGAGAGAAUGAUGGAAGAGAGAGGAAAAUGCUUAGUCUAGCCCUUGGGAUAUGUGAAUUUCACCAAAGUUAUUUUUAGACCAAUUUAAUGCUUGAAUUAAUCAAAAGUUGGUUUUUGAAGAGUCAACAAACUUUUAUUCAGUGUUGUCAAGAGAGAAUUCAACAGUCACCAUUACAAUUUUCUGCAUUGUUUGCUUUGAGGCUGUUGUGGGUGGACUUGAUGACAUUUCAAACGAUCGAUUAAAUCGUGCAGACGUCUCUGGAAUCAGACUUCCGUUUAAUUACAACUCUAAAAAUAACUGCAGUGAAAUUCACUUAACCAGGCCAAUGCCCUCUGUCCAAUUAUUCUCUCUCACUUGUUUUCAUGUGAUUCCACUCUUUUUCAUUCGGACCACCUUCAAAGUAGUUAUUAGUAUGAUCAAUAAACCCCACUGUUCCCCAAUAGCUAGGCUUGUUGCUACCUUGGUAAGCUUGUUCCAUGUUCAACUUGGAAUAUAAUCCCAAUUUUUCGAACCCUCAGUUUGAUUACUGAUUAAACUGUUAAACCCUCAGCUAAUUACCAAUGAUUCGGACCAAAUCUAACUCCCUUCGCCAGUCAAACACUGUAAUUUUACUCCAAGGUUUUCAAACCUCCUGAUAAUUCGAACCACUUUUCUUUUCCCAAGUUGUUGGAAUAAUCGGGAUUCCACUGUGAUGUUUUCGUUUUUGUUUUACCUUGGCUGUUUGUUUACUUUAGUAGUCUCAACUUGAAGUUUUCUUGAAUAACACUACUUCUCACUUUCCCUCUCAGCAGUUGCUGCUGCUUUGUCACUUGUAACAGAUAUUUUGUUUUGUUAUAGGCGACCAGAAGGCGUCGUUCUCAUAGCACAGGAAGAACGAGCUGCGGACGUUGUUUCAUCAGGGCUCUUAGAUGGUGCAGAGGAGCAGCAAAUUGUAGUGGUGGAAAAUAAAAAUAGAACAAACCACUCAGUAUACCCUGAAAAUGCACGGAUAACUCAUGAUAUCCCAACAAAUCAAGUUGACAUUGCACAACAUAGUCGUGGUGAGUUAUUUGCAUCAAAUGCCGGUAAUCCUCAAAAGCCACAGGGAAGUCACCCCUCUAGCAAUGGCAGUUUGAAAAGAGACUUGAAUGCACACAUGAUGCAUGAUACGGUCGAGGAAAAUCUCAAUGGCCGAAGAGACAACAGCAUCAGCGGUGACUGUGGUCCUGCAAAGAGACCGAGGCUGGAGAAGAGAAUGUCAUCGCUAGAAAAUGAACUGGACAACUCGACAUCUGUACCUUCUAGGACUGGCAGUCCAACGCAUCUUGUCAAUGGUGACCUCAAGGGAGAUCCAAGAAAUAAGCUCAUGGAUAAACUCUUGGACAAAGAUCUUCGGUUGCCCCUGAAUGGGGUUUGCGGUAUUGAUGCGUCUGACUUGGACCUUUUGGCUUCUGAUGGAGAGAGACUCAGCGGCAGCAAGGCUUCUUCGCCAGAUUUGUUCGGAAGUGAAACAAACUCGGAUUUUGGGAAAUAUCUGGAGGAAAGUGAUACUGACACGGGGCUGUUUAGUGAUGUCCUACAAGGAGAUCUUAGAAUUGAUCCAAUGGAGAAUGGCACUGAAGGAACUCACCCAGUACAAUCGUCAAAGAUGCCUACUUUUACUGAAGCACCUUUUCACGACAGUGGUAAUGUGCUAAAUUUAAAAGGAGCUUCUUCGGCCGUUUCAGAACAACAAGGUAAAAUUCCAAUUCCUUCCUCAGUUAGAUCAGAUACACAAAGACUUCACGAAGGAGCUGUCAAUGUUGCUAUCAGUAGGAAUCCAUCUGCCGUAAAUUCAACUUGGAAUGCUACAAACACUGUUCCUCAAACGUCAAAACUGGGAUAUGUUAAUCAACGACUUGCUCCUGAUGUUCAGCAGAGAUUGCCUGGUUACUCCCAACAGGGUCUCGCGCCCCAGCAUGUAAGUAUUAGGCCGCAUUUGGAUAAUAUGAGCAGCACAGAGUCUCAGGGAACAACAGUCGCGAGUCAAAAGCGUGUUUUUCAACAUCAGAAUAUUCAGUCUAACCUGCAGCGAGUGAGAACUGCUCAGGAACCCCCAGCUGUAAUGAAUCGAUCUGGUGUGCUUCAAAAUACAUUGCCUGGGUCACACGGUCCCAGUACCAUUAACAGUAUAGCUCCUGGGAUUCAAGGAUCAGGCGUGCAGCAGCCUUUGUCAGUACGACCUCCUUUUCAAGGAGCGCCCUCGAUUCAAACGUCUUUACCAAGAGUGAAUGCUGAUUCCAGUGGAGGAAUUCAGUCAGUUGCUUGGGCACAGAGUGGAGUUCAACAACAGCUAGGUUUAAUGGAAAGAAAUCAGCAACGGGUUGGGCAGGUUGUUUUACAGCAGAAUACAGUUUCUGGAGCUCAAGUACCUUCUGGACCUCCAAACGUUGCGCUACCUUCGGGGUACCAGCAAAAAACUGUGAAUGUUUAUCCAGACAUAAGGACUCAAAUUAGUGCCACUCCAGCUUCAGUCAUGUAUGACACUAUUUCUGCAUCUCAGAGUAGACAACAGCCUUCGCAAUAUCAGCAGACUGUGCAGCCUGGGGUGCAAAACCCAGUACCAGCGGCGUCCAAUCCAGUCUUAGCUGGCUCACAGGAAUUUCCUUCUACUCCACCUGCAAAGGGACACCUGUCUGACUCUGUUGUACCUCCAGUCAUGUCAUUUAAACCAUUCAGAUGUCGGUGGGCUACUUGCUUCAGGUAAUGUGUUUAUAGUGGUUAAACUGUUAAAGGUCAUCUGUUAAAUGAAUCUAGGAACGCAUGAUUUAUGAUUCAAUCAUAUUAUUGUCUACUAGAAUGUCUUGUUGGCAUUGUCCAAGCUAGAAACUACAAGGGAAAUGGGUACAAGCUUUCGGCGCAACGACUUCUGGGAUCGUUUGGGCGGACAAGCGUUACUUGUGAUUGGUUAAUGGUUGCCUUGAAUACCAUCGACCAAUCAUAACAUCGCUUGUCUACCCACACGAUCCCCGAAAUCACUGUACCCAAAGCUUGUACCCAUUCUCCCUGAAGUUUCUGAAGAAGUUAAUUUAAAAAUAUGUGGAUUUCCGUUUCUUUUUUGAAAGUCAUUUUUUAAUAGAUCUGUUUGCACUUUCCACCAAAUACAUGCAUUUUGCCUUAGAACUUUUUCUUAAGACAUGACUCUAACACGAGUACACUUAAAGUAAUAAAAUAUGUAGUUUAUUCCACGGUAACCUUGAUUUAUUUUUCUCCUUGACCAGCUCGUUUGAUACAAGUAAAGAUCUGUUCUCGCACGUGGUAAAAGAACAUGUUCCUCGAGACAGCUUGGUUUUGUCGUGUAUGUGGGAAGGAUGUCCGCCUGUUCGCCGCUCACGUUCCUCCCUGCUUUUUCAUUUGCAGGUUAGCAAGUCAAUUGUUGAUUAUACGUGCGUUAUUUACCAAUUAAUGUAGUAAAAAAUGAAGAGUCGUUCUUAUACUGGACCACUUGAAAAUUACUAACGAAUCUUAUUACUGUUAAGUGAACAGUGAACAGACCUUAUUCAUGAUACAAUCGCCAUCUUUGCGUAAGGACCGAUGAAAUAAAAGCAAUGUCACGUGGUCUCUCUUGGGGAGCAAACAGAUGAUUAAUUCUGCCAAUACAAGAAAUUGCCGUGGAACCUGUUUAUUCUAGACAACAGAAAAUACAGAACUUCUAAGUCUAAAAGACGAUUACCUGUAUUGCUAACUUUUUAAUCAUCAGUUUGCUCUUCAUUGUUCUCUGCCUAUAAUCUGAUUGUUUUAGCCGCUCUGUAACUAAGGCGCAGAUGACGAUGGAUGUCAACUUGGCGGACUAUCCAACGAUUUGUCUUGCACAAACACUAGCGAUAUUUUUUGGCGCGUUAAGAUAUGCGUUUGUUAUUCAAGAGGAAAAAAUGAUUCUAUAUUAUCAUUCCAUUACUCCUGCUGGUGAUGAAGGUAUCACAAGGGGUGAAAAAUGCAGCGACUUGAUUUCUCGCAGUGCGGUAACUUUUUUGGCCCCGUGAUGCAGUCACCCCCAGGUUGUGUGGCGUGUAGAGUUCUAGGGAAAUAAAUACUUUUGAACUAUAAUAAGGCAUAUUUUAUUCCAGCAAAAGCACAGUGAGCCAUCACCAGUUCCCAGUACUCUACCGCCACAGGCAACUCCAGCUCAGCACCAGCCUCCCCCGGUCCAGCCUCCUCCUCAGCCGCAGGCUCCGCCUCCAAAUCAGAAAACGACCUUUGUACCAGCCUAUCACUUUCUAGCUCGGAUGCUUCAAUCAUUUCAGGUAAAAGCAGUUUAGAGAGGUUAUUUGUUUAGGUUUAUAUGACGAACUUCAGUUUUCGUGAGCUCAAAAAGCAAGCAUUGAGGCCCCAUGUAACACGAACUAGGCGAGAGUGUUGUUCGUUGCUUGUUCCCUGUCCAAUUUCAUCUUUACACUCCCCUUCUAGGCAGUUAGUGGCAAACUUGAAUUUUUGGAAGUGUUGCGAAAACUAUCGUAUGUUAAGUGUCAUUUUGUGAGCUUUUUUUUUCUGUCUUUCGAAUUUUCCGAUUGACUUGACAACAUUUGGCGACAGCAGGUGCUCCAACACCAAGGCAGCAGUUUGUAUGUAAUUCGUAAUGUCUUAUCAUACUUGUUUACAUUAUUAGGGCGAGGAAGAGACACCACUGACUAAGACAGUAAGACUAACUGCAGCGCUGGUCCUUAGAAACGUCGCCCAGUACUCUGCUUUGGCGAGAAGGUACGUUUGUUUUCAGCAAGGGUUUAGCCAGAAAGGUGUCCAGCCGUCCUAUGGACGCCCAUUUUUGGAAGAAUGCAAGGAAAAUCCACCUAAUCUCUUAUAAUUUUAUGGGAAAACAUGCCUUCUGGACGGCCAGUUUUCAGCCUGGCUCUCAGUAUUGAGUGUCCCCCUUAUUCAUCCAAUCUAUAUCAUCCCCUAACAGACCCACUUGCUACCAUGACAACUUAAAAUGGAGUCUAUUGCAAACUUUUCAGAGAUGGAUUUUAAGAGGGUGCGUUCAUAUGGGACGAUCCAGAUUAGGAUCAGUGAUCCGAGGUCACUCAGAUCAUGAUACAUCAAAGAAAUCGUUUAAUCCUUUCCCAGGUUGUAUUCGUCAGUUCCUUUGACGUGCUAUGAUCCGAGUGACCUCGGAUUACUGAUCCUGAUCCAAAUCACCCCAUUGGAAUGCACCCUUAGGAGCCUUACCCGGCUACGGAUCAUGUUACGUUACCAGGACCGUUUCAGUUGAAGCAUAAUUGAUGCAUUGCGCAGAUGCAGGUCGAUCACUACGACCUAGAGAUUCACUCUUACUCUCUUAGUCUUAAAUUUGCCUUUUCACUUUGUCAAUCGAUAUGACACAGAGGGUGCUGCUAACUCUCAGGUCUGGAGACCAAAUCCUGUGAUGUGACCUUUCAGCUGAAACCUUUUAGCAGUACUUUCACUUGAAAGCUAUAUGUUUUCUGUUUGUUUGCAAUAGGGAUCAUAUGUACAGUAAAUGACCUAAUAAAUGCCCGGGGCUCUGUUUAAUUUCAGGAGUCCAAGCGGGGGCGUUUUAAUAGAUAAGGGGCGUUUAUUCUCAUAACUGUAACAAGCUAAAGAAAACUAAUACUGUAUGCUUUCGGCAAAAAUAUCAAGAGAGUUAAAAAAGAGCGGAAUAUCCACUCCGUCCAUUGAUAUGUCUUGGCCGUCUAGAAAUCCAUGUCGCCCUUUCAACUCUCAACAACGAUGUCAGAAUCCUCGCUCAGGGUUAUUGUGUUGCCAUCAUUAGUCUAUCCUUACUUUGAUCUUGACAUUGAACAAGAUGAAAUACGCAAACCCUGGUUAGUCAAACAGGAAACUGAAUGAAUUGCUCCUUUUUGCUAAGGGUAAUUCUUACAGUGGGCAUCUUUUAGACAGGGGGCGUUUGUUAGAGAGGGGCGUCUUAUACAAUUUUUACAUCGUAGAGGGGGUGUUUAUUUGGAAGUGGGCGUUUAUUAGGUCAUUUACGGUAAUCUAUUUAGACGAUAACAUCAAUUUGUGUUUUCUGUACGCUUUUCUUAUACAUUUUGGGUGUACCCUGGAGAAAUAUUUUGUCAAAAUCUUUAGUGACAUCUUUAAUGUGUUGACUCCAUUUGCACCCUCUCUAACGGUCUUUUUUGUUCUACCUGCAGUAUGCUGAGACGACACGAAAGCCAUUUGUCAAUUGUGGCCAUGUCAAACUCAGAAGCUGCUCACGCUGUAGCCGCCUGUCUUUCGGAGUUGUCUCCUCACAGAAAAGCCUCUUCCAGUGACUCGAACACCUUCAUUUGGGCGCUAGAGAGAUAACAAUUCUGGACUACUUAUUGGGGAGUUUAAGCAACGACGUGUUUGAGCGACACACGUCAAUCGGAAGUGGACGUUUUGCACUCUUCGGCCGUGAUUUUUUUGAACAAAUUCUCAGAGUUUAGCACAAUAGACCUUUUUACCGAUACGGCAGCC